AUGCCUGCGACCCCCAACACCCCUCCAUAUCGGAGGGGAAGGGUGCCGGUCGACGAUGGCUACGAUUCUUACGAUGAAGAACCGUCCUCGAGCGGGAGGGAGAGAGAAAGAGAAGCUUCCAGGCGUGGUCUCAGUCCGAGGUCGAGCCACCACUCGCGGACACUCCGUAUCCGUGAGUCUAGGCAGUCGUUACGGUAUUCGCAGUCUGCCUCCGAGACGGAUUCGGACGACGAAUCCGAGAGCAGUGUCUCGACGCAAGAAGAGAAGCGUGAGCGCCGUCGAGACAGAAAUAGGCAAGAGAGAGAGAUAUACUCGAAACCCUCACGCCAAACGGUCGUCGAGCGGCGCCGGCCCGCCGAGGACGACAAGACGCCGAAACGCCGCAUGAAGAUAAAGAAGAUCAUCUACAUGGAGGAGGAGGAUGGCUCCACCGAGGCCACCCCACGACAGUCCACGGAUGAGCGCAGCCGCUCGCUUUCUCGACACCGUUCUCACACCUCACGACCGGCUUCGGAGCGGCACUACUCCAGCCAUCAUUCCCACAGCCCGGCUCGGAGAUCAGGCCACCAUCACCGGCCGCUCAGCUCCUCCAAGAGGCUGGCUCGCGAGGUUUACCAGACUAGGGGCGAUUCCGAGUUGACCCCAACCAGAAUCUCAAUAAGACACCCGUCCCAGACUGUGUACCCAAAGACGCGCACGAUCCGCCGCUCCAACACGGUCUCGGGGGCAUCGCAGGUCACGUCGCGCACGCGCAGCACAACCUCGUCCAACAGGCGCUCUUCCAGCUUCCUGGGCAACCUGCUCACGGGGAGCUCCGUCUCCCAUUCGUCCGAUAAGACGGCCAGAGUUGAGUGCGUUGUGUGCAUGGAUGAAUUUUCGUCAAGCAAGGUUGCAAAACUCAAGUGCGGGCAUCGGAUGUGCAGCGUGUGUCUAAAGAGGCACUUCAAAAUCUCCAUCACUGACCCGCAGGAAAUGCCUCCCAAGUGCUGCUCCGAGAACAUCGCCUUGAAGCACGUCGACCACCUGUUCUCGGCCGACUUCAAGAAAAAGUGGAAUCGGAAGUUUCAAGAGUACUCGGCACGGAAUCGAAUUUACUGUCCUUCUAGAAAAUGUGGCGCCUGGAUCAAGCCACAUUACAUCCGCAAAGAAGGAGGCCGCAAGUACGGUAAGUGUGGCCAAUGCCGGACCAAGGUGUGUUGCUCGUGUAACGGCCGGUGGCACCCAUCGAGGGAAUGUCCCAACGACGAGGAGACGACAAGAUUCCUAGACCAGGCCAAGGAUGAGGGCUGGAAGCGGUGCUACAAGUGCCACCACAUGGUUGAGCUCAAGGAAGGCUGCAAUCACAUGACAUGUCGAUGCGGAGCACAGUUUUGCAUGGUCUGCGGUACGAAGUGGAAGAGUUGUGACUGUCCCUGGUUCAACUACGAGACAGGAAACGCAGACCAGCUCUACGAUAUGCAGGUGCCGGCUGCUAUUCAACACAUGGAGCGGCUGGACCUGGCCCAGAGCUCGAGGAGUAUGCGGCCAAGUGUUGCGCCCAGCGCACCGCGGUCGCGAUCGCAAGAGUACGACAGCAGACUGAUGCGGAGAUUCCAAGAAAACCGGGACGAAGACGUUGCGCGGACGCUACAAAGUUACGAGAUUGACGAUGUUUACGACGGCGGAUAUGGGGACAUUGUCGAUGUCGGCAAUACGGCGGGCCAUUUCAUGAACGACGACUAUCGCAGAGAGCUGGACACUUUUGUGGCGGCACCUGUGCCGCCGGCACCAACGCCACCAGCGGCUUUCGAACGUCCGGCGCCGACGGACUACAUGUCGGGGGUCAACAGAGCGAGAGGCAUGCCUCCAGACGCAUUGGGACAGCGCCUCGCCGAGCGCUUCUCGGAAUUCCGUUCGAGCCCGGGUGCCCCCCGGCCGGGGAUGAUGGCACCGCCACCGGUACCCCCCCUGGGUCCGAUGACUGCCCCUCCAAUGGGACCCCUUCCGAUGUCGGCACCGAUGGUAAUGGGUCCCCCUCCGCCACUUCCGUUGCUGAGGAGGCACACGAUAGAGGAGGAAAUGUACAACAGGACCACGCGGCCAUCCGAGCGGGUGGUGCCGGGGCGGAUGGUACACGAUUACGAGAGGGAGGCGGCAGUGCAUGCGCCACGGAGCCGGAGACGAAUGCGAGAGGAGCCCAAAUCGUCGACGCUCGCCGGGCUCACGGGGAUGGGUCGCGGCAUGAAUCGUGUGCAUGAAUGGCGGAACCAUGUGCAGCCAGGCAUGCCGGAGGGAGAGCGGGCAGCCAUGGCGUGA